AUGAGAUUUCUUUUCUUAUUGGUUCUCUUUACAUACGCUUGCGAAGUUUUAACCAAAGACAAUAUAGCAAUUAAUUUUAUAAAGCAAUUCAUAGAUAAUGAACGCAAGCCCACUUCUUUCGUCUGCAUUAAUUUGUGUUGGAAAAAUUGGGAAACGCUGAAUUUAUUCAAAGAAUUAAAUGAUGUUUGUGUUCAGUCAUCGUUAACUUUUAACGAGAAAUCUCAUUUCCAAGAUCACGCUUUGUUGUUUUUUGUAGAUUUGGAUUGUCCUAACGCAGAAGCUCUUUUUAACGUACCAAAGCUUCUCCGCUUUCCUUACCGAUGGCUCGCAGUCUAUGAUAGAGAGCAAUAUAAAUUCAAUGUGACAAUGAUUUGGGAUCUACCACUAUUGGCUGAUAGUGACUUUGUUCUCGCUGAAAGAACUGGAGAUAACUAUACAUUAAUUGAAUUACAUAAGCCUUCGCCAGCUGGUCCAACAUAUUCCAAUCCUCGAGGAUACUAUAAUGGGACACUAAUUGAUACAAGACCUCAUAGAGAACUAUUCCGACGGAGGCAAAAUAUCAUGGGUCAUCCCCUAACAAUGGCUAACGUUAUUCAGGACAGCAAUUCUUCACAGUAUCAUUUACCUAGAGAAGAUAGACUGGAGCUUCAUUUAGAUAGUAUAGCUAAAAUAUCAUGGAUCAAUGUUCAUAUAGCUUUCCAAAUGUUGAACGCCACGCCUCGUUACAUCUUCAGUCAUAGAUGGGGAUUUAAGCAGAAUGGCCAGUGGUCAGGAAUGAUCAAUGACUUAAAUACUGGUAGAGCUGAUUUAGGUAGUGUAUUGAAAACAGAUCAAAUGCAAUUAGAUGGUGGUAUUGGUGACGCAAUACUUUUAACUUUAAGUGCACUUGGUCAGCAGGGUUGUUCUAAAGAACCGAAAAAACUUGCAGGACGUAUAAUGGUAUGGAUAAUAUUCACAGCUCUUAUGGCACUAUAUGCUGCAUAUUCCGCCAACAUUGUGGUACUACUGCAGGCUUCUUCCAAUUCUAUACGAACUUUAGAAGAACUGGUCGAUUCUAAGGUGACCCUUGCAGCAUUGGAAGUUGAUUAUAAUCAUUUUAUAUUAAAGGCACAUAAAGAUCCGGUCAGACUUAAAAUAUAUAAGAAGAUAGAGCCAGAUAAAGGAAAAGCUGAAUAUUAUGGGUUAAAUGAAGGCGUCGAACGAGUCCGAAAGGGUCUUUUUGCAUUUCACGUAAUAGCGGAGCAAUUGUAUCGACGAGUCGAGGAGACUUUCUUGGACACAGAGAAGUGUGAUCUCGUGGAAGUAGAUUUUAUGAACAUUCUCGAUCCGUUUGUGCCAGUGUACAAAUUCUCUCCAUAUUUAGAAUUACUGAGAAUAGCUUUCAAGCGCAUCCAUGAAUCAGGUAUUCAGGUAGCUAUAAACAAGCGUAUCCAUGUUACAAAACCUCAUUGCUCCGACAAAAUAACAAAGUUCAGCAGUGUCAGCUUUUUGAAUAUUCGACCACUCCUGCUGUUCAUGUUGAUUGGCAUUGCUAUAUCUAUUGUGAUACUUAUGCUUGAAAUUAUACACGAAAAG